AUCAAUCUCUAGCUAAAAUAUUUCUAAUUUUGCUUCAAGAUAGAUAGAUAGAUAGAGAUACAUAAAUAUUUAUAUAUAGCCUAAGAGGGUGGGGAUUAUAGAGAUUUUUUUUUUUUUUUGGUUCAAGAAAGGCAAAAAAAACCAACAUAGCUAGAUAGAUAGGGAGGUUUGAUCUUGUUAAAAAAAGAGGACAGGGUGUGGGGGGGUUGGGUGCUGGAGUCAAGUGAUGCGAUCAGGAGGUUGUAGUGUACAACAGACACUAACAACAGAGGCUGCUUCUGUUUUGAAGCACUCUCUUAGCCUUGCAAGAAGGAGGGGCCAUGCUCAGGUCACUCCUCUUCAUGUGGCUGCAACUCUUCUCAUGAGCUCAAGAGCCAGUAUUCUAAGAAGAGCUUGCUUAAAAUCUCAAAAUAAUAGUAGUACUAAUUCUACACAACAACAACAACCACCUCCUCUUCAUUGUAGGGCACUUGAACUUUGUUUCAAUGUGGCUCUCAAUAGGCUUCCAACAACACCUGGACCACUUCUUCAUGGUCAACCUUCACUUUCUAAUGCUCUUAUUGCUGCUCUCAAAAGAGCUCAAGCUCAUCAAAGAAGAGGUUGUAUUGAAAACCAAACUCAACAACAACAGUCAUCUUGUCAACAACAACAACAACAGGCACCAUUGUUGGCUAUUAAGGUAGAGCUUGAACAGCUUAUUUUGUCAAUUCUUGAUGAUCCUAGUGUUAGCAGGGUUAUGAGAGAAGCUGGUUUUUCAAGUACUGCUGUUAAAAGCAAUUUGGAAGAUUUCUCUUCAAAGUCAUUGACUUCUGCACCAAGAGUCUUUUUUGGAAGCUCUACUGGUGGUGGUGUUUAUUCCUCUCCAUCUUCACCAAAUAACUCUGAUCACACUUAUAACUAUCAUCUUCAUAAUCAUCCUCAAAAUCCAAACUUUUGGCAGACCCAUUUCUUGAAUCACUCUUCUGAACAAAACCCACUUUUUAUUUCACCCACAAAGAAAAACCCAUGCCCAGAAUCAGAAUCUUUAAAGAAAGAAGUCGCCUUGGUUAUCGAUGUUUUACUAAACAAAAACCCACGAAAAAACACCGUAAUUGUCGGCGACUCGUUAUCGAUAACGGAAGGUGUUGUGAUAGAGCUAAUGGGGAAGGUAGAAAAAGGAGAUGUUCCAGAAGAAUUAAGAGGUGCACAUUUUAUAAAGUUUCAGUUUUCAUCAGUGCCAUUAAGGUUCAUGAAAAGGGAAGAAGUAGAGAUGAAUUUGGCUGAUUUAAGAAGAAAAGUUGAGUCAUUAUCAUCUACAGGAAGUGGGGUGAUUAUAUAUGCAGGUGACUUAAAAUGGACAGUUGAUGAAAAAGAAGUUAUUGGUUAUAGUCCAGUGGAUCAUUUAGUUGUUGAUAUUGGUAGGUUGAUAUCACAAUAUAAUAAUGUCACUACUGAUCAUAAAGUUUGGUUAAUUGGGACUGCAAAUUAUCAUACUUUUAUGAAAUGCAAGAUGAAACAGCCUUCUUCUCUUGAGGUUCAAUGGUGUCUAAAAGCUGUUUCUGUUCCUUGUGGUGGACUUGGCUUAAGUCUCAAUGCAACAACACCAAGUGGGCUUGAAUCAAGGUUGAACAUGUCAAACAAGUCAUCAUGCGAAGAAAUGAUUGAUAGGAAGCCAUUGAUAGGCAGCAAAGAGGAAGGAGAUGAUGAUGAUAUGAAUUGUUGUGCAGAGUGCAACUCUAAUUAUGAAAAAGAAGCGGCUGCGGCGAAUAAGCCCUCUAAUACCAUCUUACCAUUUUGGCUUCACCCUUCCACACCUUCAUCAUCCCUUCACAAGGAAAAUUUAGUUGAGUUGAAAAAGAAGUGGAAUAGACUAUGCCAAAGUCUACAUCAAGGAAGGCAUAAUCUAAACAGCAACUACAUGAAUUCGUCGUCGUUAAUCGGCAACCAUAAUCAAGGAGUGGUUGGGAAAAGCUACUCUUCUUAUAGCUCAACACGUUAUCCCUUUUGGCCUAAUAAUACUAAUCAUUUCAAAAACGAUUUGUCAAUUUCUUUUGGUGACACGCUGAAGUAUCAAAAUGGUGGUGGAGAGCGUACUUAUCCUCGAUUCAGAAGACAACAAUCGUGUCACAUUGAUCUAAGUUUUCAGAAAGUUGAUCAAGAACAACCAAACUUGGAUUGUCUCAAGAGUAGACAAGAUGGUAAAGAAGUUAAAAUCACACUUGGUCUUGGAAAUUCAUCUCCUGAUUUGUGCAAAAGACAAGAUGAUGUGUACAAGUGUUUGCAAGAAAAUGUGCCAUGGCAUUCGGAGAAGAUGCAUUCGAUAGUGGAGUUUUUAAUGAGUUCUUCAUCGUCUAAAGGUUUCAAGAAAGAUUCUUGGUUCUUGGUUGAGGGGGAUGAUGUUAUAGGGAAGAGGCGAUUGGCGAUGGCGAUUUCAGAGGCUAUGUUUGGAUCUCAUGAUAAGCUUUUAUGCUUUAAUAUGAGAAGUUCUGCUAACAAAUGCGAAAAUCUUGAAAGGAUGCUGACAAAUCAAGUAAAUUCUGUUGUGUUGGUAGAAGAUGCUGAGUUUGGAGAUGGGAGUUUCUUGAAAUAUUUGAGUGAUGGAUUUGAGAAUGGAAAAUUCGGCAAAAAUGGUCAAGCUAUAUUCAUUUUGAGUAAGGGUGAUCAUCUUGAUGGUGACAAAAGAGGUCAUAUUUCACCGGCCCAAAUGAAAUUCAUCGUGAGUGAGAUGAAUCCUAACUCCGAAAUUGAUCAAAAGCGAAAGCCCAAAUGGGAUUCAGGUGAACUAAGCAAGAGAAAAGUUCCAAGAAUUGAAGAGUACGAAAUCAAGAGAGAUUUGUCAAGGGAGUCAAGCUCCAACACUCUUGAUCUCAAUAUCAAAGUUGAGGCACAAGAAGAAGGACGCAACGACCCGUUAGAGUUCAGCCCUAAUUCAAGUGACUUGACUCGUGAAAUGGAUGGUAGUCCUAGGAACCCACUCGGGUUUUUAGAAACAGUUAAGAGUCGGAUCGUGUUUGACCGGUCUCCGGCUCGGGAUAUCUUGAUGAGGGAUAGUUUUUUGUUCAAGAUGAAAGGGGUAUUUGAGCUAGUGUUUGGGGGUAUAGAAUUUGAUUUUGAUGUGGAACAAGUUGUGUUAGAUGAGGUUUUCUUUGGUUGUGGGGUAUACUUAAAUGGCUUGUUUGAUAAAUGGCUGAAAGAGGUUUUUCAAACAAGCUUAGAAUUGGUGAAAGAUGGGGGUAAAGGAGUAAAAAGUUUAAGGGUGUGUUUGGUGAUAGAUGAAAAAGAGGGGGGUGGGAUUGGUAUAGAAGAAAAAGACGAGGGGUUCAUGGGUUCGAAUCUCCCUAACAAAAUCAAAAUAUGUUUUAUUAUGUAGGAUUUAUCUUAAUUUUGUAAAAAUAUGUAACUUCCUAUAUAUUAAAUGUUCCUGUUAUAAUAGAUUAUGUUUUUUGAUUUGAUUCGAUGAUGCAAGUAAAUAGAGAACUUAGAAUAUGGCAAAUGGCAUGUACAUGUCUUAGAAUAACCUUUUUAUAAUCAUGAUUUAAUAUAUGAAUAUCAGAAUAUAAGAUGUGAUUCUGUUUGGUAUUAAAAGUACAAAA